UGUUCUACGUCCUUGUCCAUGGACUCGUGGUGUCGAGGGCAACCCAGCUGAGUAUUAACUCAUAGUCAUAGUUCUUGUCUACCUAUAGUUGUUAAGUACCGGGCCGUUAGCGCAGCCAUGAAGGUAGAACGCGACCUCCACAUGAGCCAUGGCGACGGCGAGACCAGCUACGCCACCAACUCCAGGCUUCAGGAGAAGUCCAUACUGAAGACGAGGCCGGUGCUCCACAAGGCCGUGGAGGCGGCCCACGCGUCGCUCACCCCCGCCGGCACGAUGGUCGUCGCCGACCUCGGCUGCUCGUCGGGGCCCAACACGCUCCUCGUCGUAUCCGAGGUGCUCGGCGCCAUCGCCGACUGCCGUGAGGAGCUUGGCGACCAGCAGCCGCCGGUGCACGUGCAGUUCUUCCUGAACGACCUCCCCGGCAACGACUUUAACCUCGUCUUCCAGUCCCUGGAGCUGUUCAAGGAGAAAGGGGAGGCGGUGCCGCCUUACUACAUCGCCGGGCUGCCGGGUUCCUUCUACACCAGGCUCUUCCCUGACCGCUGCGUUCACAUUUUCCACUCCUCCUACUGCCUCAUGUGGCGCUCCAAGGUACCGGAGGAGCUCUCAAGAGGCACGGUUGAAAACGAAGGCAACAUGUACAUUUGGGAGACCACGCCGCCGUCGGUGGUGAAGCUGCAUCGGAAGCAGUUCCAGGAGGACUUCUCGCUGUUCCUCAGGCUCCAUCACAACGAGCUCGUGUCGAGUGGCCAGAUGGUGCUGACAUUUCUGGGCAGGAAGAACGAAGACGUACUGCGUGGCGAGGUCAGCUGCAUGUGGGGGCUGCUUGCCCAAGCUGUUCAGUCCCUAGUCCAAGAGGGCCGUGUGGAGAAGGGGAAGCUGGACUCCUUCAACCUGCCGUUCUACGCGCCUUCGGUCGACGAAGUGAGGGAGGUGAUCCAGCAGAGCGAGUUGUUUGAAAUCAACCACAUCCAGCUCUUCGAGUCGAACUGGGAUCCCCAUGACGACUCGGAUGGUGAUCUCGUGCUCGACAACGCUCAGAGCGGUGUCAACGUCGCCAGGUGCAUAAGGGCUGUGGUUGAGCCCCUGAUCGCGCACCAUUUUGGUGGGCAUAUACUCGACGAUCUCUUUGAGAUGUUUGCGCAGAAUGUCGCAAAGCACCUCCAGAAAGUGAAGACUAAGUACCCUGUUAUUGUCCUUUCCUUGAAGGCAAGACGUGUGCCGAAGCACCCAGCAAACCACAGUUGCUAUUCCUGAUCAUCGUUCAGGCAUAUACAGCUUAUGUAGAAGCUUGUGUCAAAUUAGUGCUAAAAAAAAUGCAAAUAUAGAUGCAAUAUAACUGUGAACUAUACAACCAAUCAAUAAAAGAAAUAAAGUAGUUCAAGUAAAAUGUUAGUGGUAGAAUAGUUCCUCCACUACUUCCCUUGGAUUUAGCAGGUUUGUUGCAACAAGUCGAUAUAUCUGGUUAUGUACUGUAAUCUUAAAUGGAAGCAAAUAUUUUAUGAUCGUUUGGUUCUACACUACUA